GAGUUUUAGGCAAAUUAAAACUCUUUUAAAGCGCUAACUUGUAUUAUUCCAAAGAACUUGGAACAAUUCUUAUAUAUUCUUUGUUUAUUCAUAACCAUAUUUCUCCCUACUUCAGCAAAAUCUCUAACUGUGCCAUCUGUAUGUGAGACAAUUACCUUUUAGCGCCACCUGUCGCCGCAUAGCUAAGUAUUUGUCGCUCAGCAACAUUUUGUGUCACCUGUUCCGGAGAAUGUUGCACAAAAAAAUUCUGCUCAGCUGUCAAAACAGAGAAUUUAUCAAGAAACUGUCAAAUUAGCGAGAAAUGUCAAUUAGAAAAUAAGAAAAAAUUAGAAUGAAAGUAAAAACGCAAGGAAUCGACGGAAAAUUGUGAAAAAGUGUAAAAAGUUCUAAUUACAAAUAGCGGUGGACUAAGUGAUUACAAUAAAUUAAAUAAUCCAAUUGGAAACCGAAAAUUUACGUCACAUGUGUAUGUAAUAAAAAAUGAAAUUUCGUCGUGUGGUCGAUUAUGAAGUUACAAGAAUGAAAAUGCAUAAAGUGUGAAAAGCGAAAAGAAAAUUCCUCCCAACAACAAAUGUAGCAGUGGCAAAGCAGCGCAUACGGCCGCGCCCCCAAGCCCACUUGCUACCAGGAAGAAUAGCAGUGGUGGUCAUAGUGAUUCCAUUGUAAAAGAAAAUUCCAUUAUCGCGGUGCAUAUAAACCGAAAAACAAGUUUAGUUAUAAGAAAAGUUGCAAAUAUUACCAACAGCCUUAAGUUAACGUGCAAGUGUAUUAGCAUUCCUUCAUAUUGUGUCGUCGGGUGGUUGUGUGAUCAAACGAUUAGGGGAUAGCAAGUCAGUGGCGAAUGCCACAAGAGUUCUGACGACAACGAGUCGAUCGGAGGGUUAAAGUGGAGGGGGGUCGCCAAAAGGUAUUUGAACAAUUUUUCGCCAAACCCACUUACCUACUUUAACACUAGCACGUUAGCUGAAAACAAUCUGCGGCUUGCUUAGUCGGCCAAUACAACCUUCAGCAAGUCAAAACAAAUAAGAGAAUCGGAGUAAUGGCCGCACAACUCGAUCCGAAUGUCAAGGACGACUUGAAGACUCAAUUCGUGACGCGUGAAGGCACCUACCGGUUACUCACACUGUCUGAGUACUCCCGUCCAAAUCGUGUUGGCUACAACACCAAUCAAAGUUCACCGCAAGUGCGUGUUUCCAUUGUGUCGCUGCCUAAUAAUAACUCGUGUCCAAACACAAUAAGUGGUGCCAGCAGUGGUGGUAGCACUGCUGUAGUUGGCCCUAUAAAUGGUAAUGUGAAUGGAUCUGCAACAAACAAUUCCAAAGGAAGUGGUGAUGGUUCUGCGAAUGGUAGUAAUGCGUCCGCCACUGGUACUUUAGUGAAUGGUCAACAACAGGCGGCAUACGGUGUGCCAGCUACCAUGGAUGCUCGACUUGGUGCGGGUAUUUCUAUGCAUACAAUGAUCAACGGUGGUUCGGAUGGACAGAAUGGUCUGGCUAGUCAAAUCUAUGGAGGUGAUCGGAUUUGUUUUAAUUUCGGCAGGGAAUUAUACGUUUAUGCAUUUAGAGGAGUGAAAAAGGGUGCAGAAAUGACCAAACCGAUUGACAAGAAAUUCUACAAAGGCACCAAUCCGAGUUGUCAUGACUUCAAUGCGACCACAGCCACCUCAACUGGCGCGCCGCUGCUUGUAGGUUUCACCACAGGGCAAAUCCAGCUCGUUUCGCCACAGCCAGGACCGCGUGAGCUGCGCAAGCUAUACAAUGAAGAGCGACUGAUUGACAAGACCAAAGUGACAUGCCUGAAAUGGCUACCGAAUUCACCGAAUUUAUUUUUGGCUUCGCACGCAUCAGGCAAUCUGUAUUUAUACAACGAGGACCUCCCCUGCACACCGACUGCGCCCAAUUAUCAGCCCUUUAAAAUGGGUGACGGCUAUACAAUACUCACCUGCAAAUCGAAAUCGACGCGUAAUCCACUCUACAAAUGGAUAUUCAACACCGAGAAUUGCUGCAUCAAUGAGUUUUGCUUUUCGCCAUGCGGUUCCAAUUUGGCUAUCGUCUCGCAAGAUGGCUUUCUGCGUGUCUUUCACUAUGACACCAUGGAGUUGCUUGGCAUAGCGCGUUCCUAUUUUGGUGGCUUUUUGUGUGUGUGUUGGUCGCCAGAUGGCAAAUACAUUGUUGUUGGCGGUGAAGAUGACCUGGUGACGGUGUGGUCGCUGCACGAGCGACGUGUUGUGGCACGCGGUCAAGGUCAUCGUUCAUGGGUGUCGGUGGUGGCAUUUGAUCCCUACACCACAUCGUACACCAACUGGGAUGGCGGUGACUUUUCAGACGACGAAAAUCAAAUGAACGAAUAUGGCAUCGGGCGAGAGGCGCGUUUCUCGGCCGAUUCAACGGCCAAUGGCUUUGAGUACAUACCCGGUGGCCCCAGCGGCAUUGCGCAUGAGAAAAACUCCACACCGAAUCAUACACGACAACGGCCACACUCAGCAUCGUUUCGUUCGGAUGCAUCGUCGUCGGCGGCGCUGGCACCGGAUAAAUUGGCCAUCAGCUAUCGUCUUGGCUCGGUUAGUCAGGAUACGCAGAUUUGCCUGUGGGACAUAACGGAGGAUGUGCUGCGGCAUCCAUUGUCGCUGCGUCAACGAGUCAAUAGCAUUAAUUUGAACGAUACUAGUUAUAUGAACGGCGGUAUCGAUGCGGAUGGCAUCAAAGUGAUACGGCCAAUAGCCAUAGGUAAUAUAACGGCACCAUUCUCACCACCACAACACACCAGCAGUCCAACGAAAGAAACAGUAGCGCCAGAGAACAACAGCAACAGCAGCUCAAGUAAAUUCUCGACAGCGAACUGCACCAUAUCAUCGCAAUCGUCAAACGCCAACACGCCACCGGAUGAGGCAACGCCAGCCGGCAGCAAUACAACAGGGAAUAGCAACAGUAACAACAAAGCGAACAAUUCCAACAAUAAGGCGAAUGCAACAGGUAACUCAAUAAAAUUUCCCAACUGCAUCAGUGCCACCAAAUCGGACUCCAUUGAAGGUAACAACAAGGACACCGUUUCGACAGUCUCCACGUCCGGCUACAACAGCAAGAACUCGAAUAGUUCCACCAAGUCUUCAGAUUCGAGCGUCUCGGCCUUCAACAGCCUGACGCAACGCUUUUCGAAUUUCAGUUUUCUAAGCAACUCAGACAAGAAGACCUCCUCAAUAACUGGUUCCUUUGAUGCAUCGCAAAUUGCGGCGACGCAUCGCACACAUCGCAAGGGCAUGAGUCUGCUCAAGUCCAACAAUCAAACGAAUAACAGCAAUCACAAUCACCAGACAUAUGGUGCGAGCAACAGCACGACAGCCAGCGGCAACGACCACAACAGCAGUGGCGCCGGCGGCGGCAUUGGCAGCAGCAGCACAACGGCGCAUAGCUUCGGUUCACUUAAACUGGGCAAAUCCAAUACACAUUCACACAGCUCUUCAUUGAGCGCAGCAUCAAAUGCUGUGGUGACUUCCUACGAUCCCAUGAAGUUGAUCGGCACCCCCUCGUGUCCACGCUUCGACGAAUGCCCACUGCUCGAGCCGCUAAUAUGCAAGAAAAUCGCGCACGAGCGACUCUCGGCGUUGAUAUUUCGCGAAGAUUGCUUCCUAACCGCGUGCCAAGAUGGCUUCAUCUACACCUGGGCGCGACCCGGCUAUGCAACUCAAAAUGUACCACAGCAUUUAUCACCAAGUCAAGCGGCGCCUCCCGGUGGUACGGUAAUAUAGUUCGAUAAAAUAAAUAUGAACAAUUAUGCACAGAAUCGGAUAAAGGGCAAACGCUUGUCUUUAGAAACGCCAGAAUAAAUUUACCAACGCAUGCGCACGCCGGCCCAGACCACAAGGUGAACGUUGGGUGUGUGUGUAAAUGGCAGCUGGUGGCUGGUGUGAAGUAUGUGCAUUACAAAUUACACUUAAAAAUAGACUUGCGAAAGUAAAAAAUGAAGUCAGAAGCAAAAUUUAUAUAAACAAAACAUACAAAAAUACCAUUUAAACGUCAUUUAAAAUGACGAUGCUAAAACUAUAAACCUAUUUUCAAAUAUUCCACUGUAAUUAGCAUAAAUAUAUACAAGCAAAGUAUGUAAAACAAUACUAUUAUGCAUAUAAAUAUAUUAAAUAUUUUUAGUCAACUUGUUGAAAGCAAAAACAAAGUUUAAAAAAGAAAAAAAGAAACGAAAAUGAAAUGAAAUGAAAGGCAAGAGCAAAACAGGAAAACAAAUAAUACACAGAUUUAAUACUAAGGUAUGCAAAUAGUGAGCACACACACACACACACCAUAACGCCUGGCAAACGAGCGAACAUUAAACGAAAACACUCACUAAACACAAAAGUGCAGCGAAACGAAAGAAGCUUAGCAAAUGCAAACAGUUAAGAGUACUUUAGGAAGUAGCGUGCGUUGCGCCAGCAACUCUCCAGCGUCUACUUCAGUGCACACAAAGUCGCACAUACAUUUGUAUACAUAGAAUGUUUCGCAUUGUGUGUUUGUGUUGGUGCUGUGAAUUGUGUUGUUGUAUUACGAAAAUAUUAUAUAAGCGAAAUGCAAUAGAACUGUGACUUUUAAGAUUGAGGCGACCGUUUGCUAAAAUCAAAUGUAUGGUAGACUAAAUAGAUUUAACAAUUAUUCACGCCGUAUACACUCACACACAGAAAUGUAUCCAUUGGCAGGUAUUUCGUCACAAAGUACGCAAAACGGUAAUUGUUAAGGUUAAAAGCCAGCGCCUUGUACGCUUUCUGCGUCGAGGACUCGCUACAACAAGGACUCAGUAACAACGUUUGCUGCUCGCAUUGCAAGGCAACGCAGCGCAGCUAAAUGUUGUUGCCGCUGCAGCACUUCGUCUAGUUUAAGUUGUUGUUUCUGCGUUUAUUGCAAAUCAUUUCGAAACCUUUUUGUUUAACUAAUUUAAAUGAAUAUUAUUUUCCAUGUUAUAGUAUCCUAGAGAAAUCGCUUUAAUUCUAAAAUGUGCAUUACUAGUAGUUUAUGUUGGGCAACGCUAUGUUAAUAAUGUGUUAUACGUAUAUUAUAUAAAAAAAAAAUUAAUUCAUAUAACUUGUAUGUACCAUAUGUAUAUACUGUAUACUGUAUACUAUAUAAAUAUUAUAUAUAGUAUAUAUGCUUAUGAGUUUAUGCUCUUAUUUAUGUAUUGUAUUAAAGUCAUAUCAUUAAAAUUGAAAAUUUAUUGAUUAGUUGUAGUGCGUUAAACGAUGUAGAAGCGUCUUGUCAAGCAUUUCGGUACGUGUGACAAUUGCUUUGAGUGAUUGUAUGGCUACUGUUAAUAAAUUAAAGAGCGUUAAUUACAGGGAGAAAGAGAGAGAGCGUGUGAAAAUUGUAAACGCUUAUUAUUUUUUUUUUAUUAUUAUUUAAGUUUCUGCUUAAGUGUAUGUACAUAUAUAAUUAUAAAAAAAUAGAAAUCAUUAAGAAAUACAUUUCUAUGGUGACUUUAAAAUGUUAAUUUAACUAGCUUACUUCUUGUGCGCUGCCGCAGAAUAGAUUAAAAUUUCGUUAUAUUUUCGUGAAUAGCUGGAUUUCAAAGUUUGCAACAACCCUAAGCGCUCCAGUUCAUUCAUAUAGGUUGUCGCUAAUAAGGAGCUUUCUCUUGUUGUUGUUGUUGUAGUUUAAAACAUUCCUCAAAUGUGUCGGAUAAAUUCUGUUAACGGUUAUAUAGACCUGGUUGGCGAAGAAAGUGGGUAUUUCUUUUAAUUGCGAUACGAUUAAUUUUUAUUGCCGUAAAGCAAUUUCCACAAAUAAAAACAGCGCUGCAAACAAUGCUUUAAAAUAAUUAAAUUAACAUUUAAAUACAAUUUUUUUUCUGUAAUGCUAAAAAUCUUAAUUAAAAGCAAUUUUCAAACUUCUAACCACAAAUAUCGAAUUUAAAAUUAAAAAAAAAAAAUGUGUUCAACACAAUUUACGAAUUGAAAAAAAAAAAUUAUCCCAAAUUUAUAAUUAAGAAUUUAAAAAAAUUUUGACACCUUGUUUAUUAUUUUUGAAUUUUUAAUUUUGUAUUGCUUGUUCUACAAUUUUGAACUAGAGCGCGCAUAGAGCCAUAUUCAAUGUUAUAGCGCAGUGGUCCACAAACUUUCAUAUUCAAACGAUUUGUACUUUAUCAGUAUUAAAUUCUGUUUUUGAGAUAAAAAAUUAAAAUUUUAAAUUUUUUUCAAUUUAAUUCAAAUUGGAUUAAUUAAAACAUUCGCAACCUGAAUAACCGUUACAAUGCCUAAAUGAAUUACUACGAUGGUAUAAAUGUCUUCAAAUAAUAAAAUAUUUCUGAUACAAAAAAAAAAGACUCGAUGUAAUAUUGAAAUAUAAUCAUUUGUAAAAAAUCUUUCUAUAUUAAAAUUUAUUUUAAUAAUAUUGUCUUUGUUGAUGCUAUAUCAUAAAUUAUUGGUCAAACAAUUUCGAAGAAUGCUACUGUGUUGCACAAUCUGAUCAAAUUUAACUCGGACUGAUUUAAAUAAACACACAUUUUGUCGCAUCGUUAUCGCCUUCCAAAUAGUCUUCUGAGCCAGUACAAGCGUGCCAACGCUUAAUCCAAUUUCUGCUACAGAUAUGCUAAGCUCGGUUCGGGACACUUCGGUCGGCUGACAUGCAAAAGCAAAAUAUUAUCCCAACAAAUAUCGUUAACAAAUUUAUUAAAUUUUUAUUAUGCGGCAAAAACACAGAAGUGAGUCUCUUUUGUUAGAAUUUUGAGCCAUAAAAAACCUUCCUAAAUAAUAUUUUGCCUUAUUACUUGUAUGUAUCUAUGUAUGUAUAUUUCGUUAUGUAAAAUUUAUAAAAAUUUAAUGUAAAAAGUGUACAAAGUUAUGAUUUGAUUAUUUAAAGAACCAAAAAGAACAUUAAAACAAAAAAAAUUUAAUAAAUUAACAGAACAUCAGUUUGAAAGCAAUUGAAAAAAUUGUGAAAAUCACUAACUGUAAAAUGUUACAGCCAAAAAUACGAAUAUGCGAAAAUGUGAUCCUUCGGAGUAGAUUUGAAAACUUGGAAAAUGUUUUUUUAUUGCUUAAAAUGAAAUAUAUGCUAUAGAGCGAUGUAACUGUAAUCAUUGCCAUUCUUGAUGAUUACAUAAUAGUUUGCACUAAUUUAUUAAAAUCGAAAAUAAGCGAAUCUAAGAAAAAAUUUGGCUUGCGACUUUUGUUUAACAUUUUUGUUUUUGUUUUGCUCUUGAGUUGAGUAAUAGUUAUAGAAACCUUAGACUCUUAUGCUAAUGCAAAUUUUGUUGGAAUAUUACACAUAUACGUAUAUAACAUAGACAUACACACACAUCCACAAACACAUAAACACAUGAAAUGCAACAUUGUAAUGUAAUUAACAUUUAAAAGAAUGCAAAAACUACGAAACUCUUAAACUAAAUAAAUAAAAAUUUAUAUAAAAAAAAAUAAAAACUUAGCAAAUAAAGCAGAAAGCUAGCAACUAUUAACAGCAAGUUUGUUAUAGACAAUUGAAAGCAUAUUGCAAUGCAUAAACGAUAACGACAAAUACAUAUGUAUGUAUGUAUUUGUAGCAAAGUGUGUUGUAGUACAGUUCAAAUACGAAUGCGUACGCGUACAUUAUAUUUUCUAGCAUAAGUUAUUAAAACAUAAUUAAAAUAGUACUGACAAUGAUGUGAGCCGUUAUGUUGGUGAAGACGACAAUGAAAUUCAAUAGUCAUGUAUGCGAUGAUGUAAUCUACAUACACGUGUAAACUGAAGUAUGCAUGCAAAUGUAAGUAUGUGUAUAACAUUAACAUGUGCAUUUGCUGAACAUCCGAUGAGAGUUUUCAUAUAAUUAAAGAGACUAAAGAAUUCAAUAAAUAUUAUUAUUACAAAAUAAAAGCUUUUCAAAUAUA